AUGUCCGCGCAACUGCAGUGGGUGGUCGUUCAGAAUUGCUCCAGUUUCUUUAUCAAGAAGAAUAAGCAGACGUACACCACGGAGUCCAAUAAUCUGAAGACCCCAAACUCCUUCCGCUACAACGGGCUAAUUCACCGCAAGACGAUUGGAGUGCAGCCCGCAGCUGAUGGCAAUGGGAUCAUGGUAGUUAUGCAAUGCAGAUCCCGUCAGCGAAAACCUGCCACUUAUUACGUGAGGACCACCAUCAAUAAGAAUACUCAGGCAACCCUCAGCUGCUUAAGGCACAAGGACCGCUCUGAUAUGCAUAUGGUGCCCAUCCAAAGAGUCGGUGCCAUACUUAGAAGCCAGAAACCUGUGGUGGGGAAGAGGAAACGGACCUGUCCCACCAAGAGCUCCUGA